AGGCUUAAUAGGAUAAAAGGAUCACGAAAAGCAAAAUCCAUUUACUCGUUUAAUUGUAAAGCAGAAAAAGGGACACUGACAAAAGCAAUUACCACCAUUCAAUCGGUCACUGUUGUCUCAGCCCUAUAAUGAUAUACAUAUGUAAUUGCUGGAGGCGUGUGGGGUCUGUCGCCCACUCAAUUAAAGGCUCUAUAAAGGGUAAUCCUGUUAUUAAACACGGGCCAGCUGUCCCGGUGUCGUCCUCUCAAAACAAUAAUUAAGCAAUUAGCGUAACGUAACCAAAUCGAAGGGUAUAAAGGAGGGCUGCUCUGGCUGGACAUUGCAUAGAGCCUAGAGUCAUGUAUCCGCGAUUCCUAGACCGCAACUAUCCGCUGGAGAAGCACCUGUUCUUCGUGACCAGGUACUCGUUUGGCCUCCUGGGUCUCAGAUUCGGAGAGGCGAAGUCGCAGUCCUGGAUCUCCUUGGCCUGGCUGGUGUUCAACUUUGUGAACCUGGCCCACUGCUGCCAGGCGGAGCUCGUCUUCGGCUGGCACUAUCUGCGGAUCAGUCCCGUGGACGCCAUGGAUGCCUUCUGUCCGCUGGCCUGCAGCCUGACGACCCUCUUCAAGCUGGGCUGGAUGUGGUGGCGCCGUCAGGAAGUGUCCGCCCUGAUGGAGCGCAUCCGAUUGCUUACCGAGGAGCAGGCUGGACGAGGCAAUCGCCGAUCAAAUGGCGCGCGGAGGAGCUACUACCUCAUGGCCACUCGCUUUGGGAUGCUCGUCUUCACCCUGGGCAGUAUCACGACCUCUGCCUUCGUCCUGCGCUCCCUGUGGGAGAUGUGGGCGCGGGGCCUGGCUGACUUUAAGUUUGAUAUGCCCUUCCGAAUGCUGUUCCCGGAAUUCGCCCAUCGGAUGCCCUGGUUUCCGCUGUUCUAUCUGUACUCCACCUGGAGCGGACAGGUGACCGUCUACGCCUUCGCCGGCACCGAUGGCUUCUUCUUCGGUUUCACCCUCUAUGUAGCCUUCCUACUUCGGGUCCUCCAAUUGGACGUGAGCGAUUCCCUGCAGUUGGUUAAAAAUCCCAGCCCCAGGGACUGCGAUCUGUGCUGUCGGCGCCUGGCCAACAUUGUCGAUCGACAUAAUGAGAUUGCGCUGAUUGUCCGCCGCUUCUCAGGGAUCAUGGCGGCCCCGGCCUUUGUGCACUUUGUUUCGGCCAGCUUGGUGAUAGCCACCAGUGUCAUAGACAUACUCCUGUACUCCGGCUACAAUAUCAUCCGCUAUGUGGUGUAUACGUUCACUGUCUGCUCGGCCAUUUUCCUCUACUGCUAUGGCGGCACUGAGAUUUCCACUGAGAGCCUCUCCGUGGGCGAGGCGGCCUACGGCAGUGCCUGGUACGCUUGGGAUCGGGAGACGCGUAGACGGGUCUACUUGAUUAUCCUACGUGCCCAGCGACCCAUCACCGUCGGAGUGCCCUUCUUUACGCCUUGCCUACCGGUCUUUACUGCGGUCAUCAAAUUUACGGGCUCCAUUGUGGCGCUGGCCAAGACCAUCUUGUAGCUGAAUCAAAAUAGUACCCAUUUGGCAAUAAAACGAAUGCGAAUUUGUUGGUUUCGUUUCGGUUUUAGAUUGAUUCCCAAAAGUAUGCAACUCACUGAAUUAUUUCAUACACAUGUACAUCUUUCUUGUGUGUGUUUGCGUGCAUCUUGUGUGGCAAAUAAGUCCCAAGUCAAUCAUUUGGCAGAGGUCAGGGAAAAGGCAGCUUUCUGCCACUGCCACAUCCACUCUUGGGUAGAAAGGAGCUGCCGCAGAUGCAGAGGUAAACUUUUAUCCAAAGAAAGUUUCUCCGACAAUUUGCAGAAAUGCUUCCCCAUACACGAGUAUUUAUUAUGGAACUAGAGAAGUCCUUGAAGGUGUAGCAAAUCUAUCGAAGAGGUACAGGAAAAAAGGUAGAGAACUGUCAGUUACAAGGACUCUUUACGUAACCAUCUCUGUGGUUAUGAGAUUGCGAUUCAGACAAAGACGGAGAGUCGGACGAGGCACGUGAGUGGUUGUGGUCGUGAUAUUGGACCGUUCUAUCGUCUUCAGGGAAUUUCUUGGCCAGCCAUAA